AGCGUUUUGAGCGGGUGCCAGUGGCUGCCGUGUGCACGCCAUGCCACCACCCAACAAGAAGCAGAAGCUGAACGAAGCAGAAUCCAGCUACGAAUGGGUACAAGCUACUCCAGGUGACCUCAACAUUGCCACAGCAGUGCUCUAUGAAGCCGUUGAUGGACCACGAAGAGGGGUGAUCUAUGAUGCCUUUGAGCCCGUUGAUCACUACUGGGUGGAAGACGAGGAGACCUGCGAAGUGGUGCGCACGGAGGAGGGAGACUGCCACGACUUCCAUUCGGCAGAUUUGAAGGUGGCCAAGACGGUCGUGGAAUUCUCCACGGAGCUGGCCCAAGGAGCUACAGAGUUGCAAAGUGCCGGGGUUCUGCUGAUAGGGACUGAACCACAGAUGUUGAAAAUUUUGAAGCAUUUCGGUGAGUCCAACACGGAGGAGCGAACCGUGCCUCAGCAGUUGCUGGCCAUUCCCUGUGUGGAUUGCGUGGACGGUUUGGCACAUCAUGCGGCCACUGGCGUGAAUUCAGGCCUCAGGGAACUGGCGAAACAACUGCGGGACGACAUCCAAGUAGGUCUGCGCGUGGCACAUUUGAAACACGUCACCAAAGAGUUGGGGGAGGACGUGGUGAAGCAGGAGGACUACUUUUGCCUCGCUUCGGUUUCCCAAAUGCUGUGGACAGGAAAUUUGCGGAAUGGAGUAAAGGUUCAUUUGCCCUUCGACUGGGAAGCCAUCGAAGAAGUGGACGGAGAAGAAUCACUGCGCAGGAAAGACCUCUGGAAUCAGAUUGACCUUUGCAUCACCGCCACUGGCGAGGGUCAGCCAGAGCACUCUGGACCAGUGGAGACGGCCCGUGUGGUCUUGGGUGAGCAUUGUGGCCUUGAAGUCAGUGAUGAACUUUGGCGAAGCGAGGUGCAGACGCGACUGCGUGGACAUCUGAAUCUGCAGAGCCUGCCGUUACGAUUGAAGGAUCAAAUGGGCGCCGAGGUCUUUCCUUUGCUGCUGCCCAGUGAUGCUGCAGUCACCAGCAUCAAAGGCGUGCUCUGUUUUGGUGAGGCUCCAGAUGCCUGGUACUUGACCCAAGACACUGCGCCGGCUGGGACGGCUCCCACUGCCCGGGCUAAGGAGGCUCCAGCCUUAGAAAGUUCGCCAGCGAAAGCCAAGACUGUGCGAGAUUGGGAAGCGGAACAGGAGGACGAAUUUGGUGAUCUUCCCCCUAUACCUGCUCCGUGGAUCAGGGUCAAGUCUCGCAAAGACGGCAAGGUCUACUACUGGAACAAGGAGACCCAGAAAGCCUCCUUCAAGCUGCCCACAGAAGAGCCGCCGCCAGCCAUGGCGCCACCGGUGGAGCCACCAGUGGAGCCGCUGAACUCGUCGGGACUUCCGCCAGGUUGGACACAGCAUGUCUCGAAGAGCAAUGGGAAGCUUGGCACUGCUGAUGGUAAGAAGAUCUACUACUUCCACGAGGUGCGGCGGUACGGACUGACCCCGAGACCAAGGACCAAGGACUCCCAGAGGAGGUUUCCAAUGGAAACAGGUCUGGCGGUGAAAGCCUGGAGGCUGCGCGCCUCCAGAACUGCGGAGAAAAAUAUCGAUGCCAAGGGCAGUGGCGAAGUUGGGAGAAUCACAGGAGUGACCGGGCCGGGACAUCUGCGACGCUGGCAGGGUGAAGAACAACCACUGUUCAAAACAGCAAUCAGCUUGCGCAGCAUCCCUGGCAUGUCCUGGCAGGAAGGUUUCGAGCGUUACUUCACUUCCUCUACGCAGGAGACGAAAUCCUACGCUCGGAGCCCCGGAACGGGUGCUGGGCUGACUGGCAUAUUGGCACCUCACACUGCCAUGUACCUGGUGGGGCAUCUCAGACGGGAGAUGGUCCCGGAUGAGUCAGGUCUGAAGCAUUUUUGCGAAUUGUGCAUCAAGGACUCUUUUAACGAGGCACCGAAUCCGGCGUUGGGGAUUCGGCGGAUUUCGGUCAAUGAAGCUCCAAAGCUAGGGCAAAAUUCGAGACAUAACUGA